AUGUCCGAUUUGUGCCAUCAGGUUAUUCCCUCUGCCAAGGUUCCGAUUGUGGUGCUGUCAUGGAUAGGGCCCAACGGCAACGUACAGAUUGUGGAUGUGAGUAUCAAUAAUCAGCUCCCUCUACAUAACACUGCGUUACUACGGAACUAUGUGGAGAUGGACAAACGUGUCCAAAUCCUGGCGCUCUGUGUGAAGCGGUGGGCCAAACUAUGUGGAAUUAGUGACGCUAAGCAGGGUAACCUCAGUAGCUACAGUUGGACCUUGCUCUGCAUAUAUUUUCUACAA